GACCACUGUACUUUCUGCCGACGACAACAUUCUGCGUCCACACACACUCGUUAAACAAAUAUAGAUAAUUAAUAAUAAUUUUAAUAUUUUGAACCCGUAUAUGUCAUUCCCUGGAGGAUCAAAUAAUUCACACGAAUACUCGACGCAGUGGAUAUUCUGAGGCUUUAAUUGUAAAACCUUAAAAAUGCCUUUACGUUUAGAUAUCAAGCGUAAGUUGACUGCUCGGUCAGAUCGUGUCAAGUGUGUCGACCUUCAUCCCAAAGAACCAUGGAUGUUAGCAUCUUUAUACAAUGGCACUGUUCAUAUAUGGAACCAUGAAACAGCUACACUCAUAAAAUCAUACGAAGUAUGUGAACUACCUGUAAGAGCAGCUAGAUUUGUUGCUCGAAAAAAUUGGAUAGUUACUGGUUCAGAUGAUAUGCAAUUGCGUGUUAUCAACUAUAAUACUUUGGAGCGUGUUCAUCAACUAGAUGCACAUUCUGAUUACUUACGAAGUAUUGCUGUUCAUCCUUCACAACCUUUUAUACUCACAAGUAGUGACGACAUGUUGAUAAAACUUUGGAAUUGGGAAAAACAAUGGGCCUGUCAACAAGUUUUUGAAGGACAUACACAUUAUGUGAUGCAGAUUAUGAUUAACCCCAAAGAUAACAAUACUUUUGCCAGUGCUUCGUUAGAUAGAACUGUAAAAGUAUGGCAACUUGGUUCUUCUACACCAAAUUUCACAUUAGAAGGACACGAAAAAGGAGUGAAUUGUGUUGACUAUUAUCAUGCUGGAGAUAAGCCUUAUUUAAUAUCUGGUGCUGAUGACAGACUUGUUAAAAUUUGGGAUUACCAAAACAAAACAUGUGUUCAGACAUUAGAAGGCCACGCUCAAAAUAUUUCUGCUGUUUGUUUCCAUCCAGAACUUCCAAUUGUUUUAACUGGUUCAGAAGAUGGCACAGUCAGAAUUUGGCAUUCUGGUACUUAUCGAUUAGAAUCAUCAUUAAAUUAUGGAUUAGAACGUGUAUGGACAAUCUGUUGUUUACGCGGAUCUAAUAAUGUGGCUUUAGGUUAUGAUGAAGGUAGCAUAAUGGUUAAAGUUGGUCGUGAAGAGCCAGCUAUGUCAAUGGAUGUUCAUGGUGGUAAAAUUGUUUGGGCUCGUCAUAGUGAAAUUCAACAAGCUAAUCUUAAAGCAAUGCUUCAAGCGGAAGGAACUGAAAUCAAAGAUGGUGAACGCUUACCCAUACAAGUUAAAGAUAUGGGUAGCUGUGAAAUUUAUCCACAAUCGAUAUCUCAUAAUCCAAAUGGUAGAUUUUUAGUAGUAUGUGGUGAUGGAGAGUAUAUUAUAUAUACAUCAAUGGCUUUACGUAAUAAAGCAUUUGGCUCCGCUCAAGAUUUUGUAUGGUCUUCUGACUCUGAAUAUGCAAUAAGAGAAAAUUCUUCUACAAUCAAAGUCUUUAAGAAUUUUAAGGAAAAAAAGUCUUUUAAACCAGAAGGUGGAGCCGAUGGUAUUUUUGGAGGUUAUUUGUUAGGUGUGAAAUCUGUUACUGGAUUGGCAUUGUAUGACUGGGAAAAUGGUAACUUAGUACGAAGAAUUGAGACUCAACCUAAGCAUGUAUUUUGGUCAGAAUCUGGAGAAUUAGUAUGUCUUGCUACCGAUGAAGCAUACUUUAUAUUACGUUUUGACGUCAAUGUACUUAGUGCUGCAAGAGCAUCUAAUUAUGAAGCUGCUAGUCCUGAUGGCCUUGAAGAUGCCUUUGAGAUUUUAGGAGAAGUUCAAGAAGUUGUGAAAACUGGUUUAUUUGGUGAUUGCUUUAUUUAUACCAAUGGAGUAAAUCGUAUCAACUAUUACGUUGGUGGAGAAAUUGUUACUGUAUCUCAUCUUGAUCGUACAAUGUAUCUCUUAGGAUACGUUGCUAAAGAAAAUCGGCUCUACUUAGGUGAUAAGGAACUUAACAUUGUUUCUUAUAGCCUUCUUUUAUCUGUAUUGGAAUACCAAACUGCCGUCAUGAGGAAAGAUUUUGAAAUUGCUGAUCGUAUACUACCAUCAGUACCAUCCCAAUAUAGAACCCGAGUGGCUCAUUUCUUAGAAAAGCAGGGUUAUAAGAAACAAGCAUUAUCAGUAUCAACAGAUGUUGAGCAUAAAUUUGAAUUAGCAAUUCAAUUACAAGACUUAGCUAAAGCACAUUUACUUGCAAAGGAAGCAUCUAGCCCUCAAAAAUGGAGGCAACUCUCUGAAUUAGCUACUGCACAAGCUGAUCUUGAAUUAGCACAAGAAUGCCUCCACCAGGCUCAAGAUUAUGGUGGAUUACUUUUGUUAGCUACAUCUUCUGGGAAUAGUGAAAUGGUAAAAAAACUAGCUGAAAGUACUAACUCGAAUGGCAAAAAUAAUAUAUCAUUUCUGUCGUAUUUACUAUUGGGUGAUCUAGACAAAUGUUUACAAUUAUUAAUAGAAACUGAUAGAUUGCCAGAAGCAGCAUUUUUUGCUCGAUCAUAUUUACCUAGCAAAAUGUCUUACGUUGUUGGACUUUGGAAAGAUUCAUUAAGCAAAACUAAUGUAAAAGCUAGUGAAUCAUUAGCAAAUCCAGAUGAAUAUGAAAACUUAUUCCCUCACUACCAGGAAUCAUUAAAAACAGAAGUUUAUUUACAAGCUGAACGAAAAAGGCAAUUACCAGCUGCUGCUUAUGCUAAUACUCCAUUGAAUCACGAAAGAAAUUGUUUAGAAGAAAUGAAAGCUGCUGAAACUAAAGAACCAAGUUUUAGUUUAAAUGAACAAAUUGCCAACAUCAAAGCUGAAGUUUUACAAUCCAGUUAUAUAGAAAAGAAAGAAGAGGAUGUAAUUUUACCACCACCAUUAAUUCCAUUAAUUCCUUCAAAAAUAGUGGAUGAUUUUGAAGAUGUAGAUAAAGAAUUAGAAGAAGAACUAGAAAAUAUGGACUUGGAUGAUGUAGGAUCAACGGGCAUUAAUAUUGAUGCUGAAUUAUCUGAUGAUGAUGAUGACGAUUAUGCUUGAAUAAAUAAAUAUAUAAUAUAAUAUAUUUGUAAUAUUCUUGGAUUUUAUAUUUGGUGAGUAUAAGCCUCAAUAAGUUAAUAAUGCAAUGGCUUUUAAUUGUAAAAAUACUACUAUAUUUAAAAUGAAAAUUAUAUUAUUAUCUUUGUUUUUAUUUA